ACUGUUAUAAAUUUUCUCAUCAUUUAGACAAAUUGCGAUAUAAAUUUUCUUCUCGUGUUUUCAAAGUAAUUUCAGAUCACAUUGAGCUUUAAAUAUAAAACCGGCAACAUAGGUUUAUCCGACACAGCACACAUGGAUAUCUUUGCCAACAAUUUGCAGCAGCAAAGGGUGGUGACGGAACAAUUGCGUCGCGAAGCUGCAAUCCAAAGAAUGCCAGUCACACAAGCUGUUUCGGAUAUAAUCAAGUAUGUCACCGAACAUGAGCAAGAAGAUUGCUUGUUGGUCGGCUUUUCAAGCCAAAAAGUUAAUCCAUUCAGAGAAAAGAGCAGCUGUUCAAUCUUGUAAAGACAAGAGAGAGCGCGAUGUGGAAUUAAUCAUCAUUUAUUCAUUAUAUUAGCCGAGAUCGAUGUAGUGACAUCAAUAUGUGUUUCUACUUUCCUUCUAUGCUUCAUUCUUUGCAUUAAUCUUUCUUCAAUCACAUUCAAAUAAGUUUCUUUCAGCAAAUUUCACAUUCAGUCUGAUCAGUGUCAUGAAAUUUGUUUAAUAAUCUCGGGACAGAUAGAAAUAAAUCGUUUUUCUGCACUUCCUCACCUUCAUCAAACAAUGUUGCAACUGAGAGUAUAACUUUUAUGAAAACUUUUUGAAUAACUCUGUUAGAAUUCAUACACUGAUUUACCUAAUAAAGAAUCUAUUGAUUAUUUAAUGUAAAA